AUGCCCUCUGUGGUGAGCGUCGUCUCAAGCUCAAGUCCAGUGCAGCAAGAUCAAGCGACAAAGGAGUUGCCGUUCUGCAACACGAAUCUGUCCAUCGGUGCCCGCCUCCACGACCUCAUUGGACGCCUCAGUCUUCAGGAAAAGGCCGGCCCAUUGGCCCUGAUCCCGUCACCAGCCCAUGCGCUGUUGUUGACUGUGGCGUCAAGAGGCUUGACAUCCCGCCGUAUCUGCAUUUGGUGGAGACGAACACGGCCGUUGCCUCUGCGUGCAUCAUCAGCCAGGACAAGUGUGCCACCCACCUUCAUUGGCCCCACAGGUCUUGGCGCAGCCGUCAACCGAGGGUCAUAUCCACGGAGAUGCGCCUCCAACAAUCUCAACUGGCACAGGGGCGGCGGCGUCUUGCAGAAGAUCGGACUCACAGACCCCUUCUUGAGCGGCUAUUACGCUGCUCCUUACGUGACCGACUGCCAGGACGGCCCAGACAAGAAGUACGAAGAAAAAUGGCAGCAGGUCUCAGGCACUUUGACGCGUACUCGGUCGAGACAAACCGCAUGGCAUUCAACGGGAACAUCUCCACCUUUGAUCUCUGAGACACCGAGCAUCAACGGCGUGCCCUCGUGUGCGAACAACAUGCUGCUCAACGACGUCGUGCGCGGGCAACUGCGGUGCGAUUUGCAAACAUGGUCGACACCAACAAGCACGCCCGUGACUUCCGUCGACGCUGUCGCGAAGACGCUGCACGGUGGCGAGGAUAUGGAGCUCCGGGAGACAUACUUCACCACAAACGGCAACUUGGCGCAGGCUGUGCAGCAGAACCGCACGGCAAUCGACACGGUGCACAACACCGUGCGGCGGGUCCUCAAGGAUAGCUUCAUCACGGGCCAAAUGGCAUCGAUGAGUGCACGGCCUGUGGACCCAAGCCUCACCUCCAGUAACGGCCCCUGCAUCAGCGAGUGCCCCGAUGGCGGGCAUGAGCUCGGCAACGGGUGUGCUGAAUGCCAUUCCACGCGUCAACCUCACCAGUCGUGCAUUGCCCAUUGCCCUCUCAACUACUACGCCAAGGACCACCACUGCGUGCCAUGCACCACGUGCGGCAUGGGCACCUGGGCCUCCGCCCCGUGCACCUCGUCCUCUGACGCCGUCUGCUGUUCCUGGACCGAGCGCAAGCCGGGUCAGAAGGAGUCCGUCUCUGGCAACGCCUACCCGCCGCUGCCGGACCGCGCCUCGUGCUUCCCCACCAGCGUGUGCGAGGAGCCCUUCAUCGAAACCAUCCCGCCCACGCUCACCACAGACCGCCUGUGCUCCUGCGACACGCUCACAUGCAACAAGCUCAUUACGCAGCUGUUUGAGGAGAUGGUGUGCGCUGAGCCCACGGACGAGCAGCUCGACGUGGUGCUUGACGUGUGCUGCUCCAGCCAGGGCGAGGAUGGCAUCCGCGACACCAUUCGCCAAAUGGACGCCUACGAGGCACGCCGCUCCUGCCCAGACUGCACAGACACGUGCGAGUGCAGCGCUGGCUUCAUUCUUGUCGACGACGCCGACUCGGCCAACUGUCGGCCAUGUGACGGCGUAACGGAGUUCUCCCCAUCCAUUGGCGGCAGCAAGCGCGAGCCCAUUGAGGAGUGCGAGUGCGGCCAGGAGGAGGUCUCCGCGCCAACCCGCUGUUCCUCGGACGGCGUGUGCCGCGACUGCUCGGCCGGCACCAUCGAUUCGGACAGUGACGGCUCCACGGGUUGCCACAUGUGCCCAACCACCCACUACACGGAGGCGGGCUGCCACGGCUCCUGUUCCAGCUUCACCUGCCGCGCGGGCACUCACGACCACGACAGCGACCCCGCCACCCUCGUGCAUGGACGUCACAGAGUGCGCGCCCGGGUUUGA